GAGAUGGAAAGGGAAGAAAAUACAGACAACCUGGGAGAAGUGCUGGAAAAAGUCGCGGUAGGCCUACACCAGAGGCUUCACCGCGACCAACUUCACGAGGUUAUCUGAUUACCCGUUGCUUGGCCAGCCUGAGUCCUUGACAGGUAUCGUCCUCUCCUCCUGGGCGAUCAGCACCCGCCUGGUCCGGUACACCUGGCCUGGUGGAUGCUACUCCUAAAGCCCCUGCUUUUUAAUCCAAAACCUACUUUUCCGGUGACCGUAGGCCAUAUAGGCCUAGUUUUUUUAGCACAAAAAUCUAAUAGACCUGAUCCGAUUUUCAAGCCAUAAAUAAGAAACACUGACCGCAUUUAAUUUUUAAUCUGUCCGAUGUGUGUAACCAGGAAGUUACUUGACUGAAUCAAAUAAUAAGCCUAUAGACCAAACCGAUUUGAAGGCAGGCCUAAUGAAUAUAGCCUAUGAGCUUGAACGUCAAUGUUUUUUUCCCCCUCAAUAAAAUAUUUUGUAAAAUGUCGCGUUAAAAAUCUUCACUUGCGUGAACAGAUAAACUCGUACAAGAAGCAGGAAGUAUAGGCUACUGUUGCCUUGGAUACAGAGAGACUGCGGAAGGCCUCAGAGACCAACGGGAGGACUCUCAGGCAAGAUCUUUAGUGUUCCCGUUUGGAUACACACACAGGCUUCUUCAGUUGCCCUGUUCUCUGCAGAGUUCAGUAUCACUCUGUCUGCUGAUAGAAACUGCUGCCACUUCAUUUUGUGUAUUUCAAACAGACUGCAUGUUCCUUUUAUUCAUCUUGUAAAACAUCACAAAUCACCUGAAGUGAAAAAUGAAGAUAGCUGCUUUCAAUGCAAAGAACCUGGGAAUGAAGAAAACCGCAGACCAGGCUGUCGUCAAAACCCUCACCAAGAUCAUGUCUCAGUACAGUGUGGUGGUGAUUCUGGAGGUGGUGGAUAAGAGCGGUAAGGCCAUGGAGAAGUUACUUCAAGACCUCAACAGCUCCAACCAAACCCGUCCCUACUCCAUGACCUCCAGCAGCCAGCUGGGACGAGACACCUACAAGGAGAAGUUUGUUUGUUUCUACAGAAAGGAUGAAGUGAAGCUGACAGAUUGUUACCAGUAUGAAGAUAAUCAAGUUGGAGAUGUGGACGCCUUCGCCAGAGAGCCCUUCGUUCUGCGCUUCAGCUGUCCAACUACAGUUGUGAAAGACCUGGUACUGAUCCCCGUACACACCAAGCCAGAGGACUCGUUGAAGGAGCUGGACGAGCUGCAUGACGUGGUCGAUGCUGUCAGGAAGAAGUGGGGAACUGAUAACAUAAUGAUUUUAGGGGACUUUAAUGCAGAUGGACGGUAUCUCUCCAAGAAGAAGAAGGAUACGAUCCGCAUCUGCUCCGCCCCUUACCAUUGGCUGAUAGCUGAUGAUAUCGACACAACGUCUAGUAACCUUAAUGACAACACCUACGACAGGAUCGUGGUGUAUGGACAGACCAUGCUGGACGGCGUCGUCCCCGGCUCUGCCAAGUCUUUCAACUUCCAGAAAGCGUUCAACCUGACUGAUGAGGAAACCCUCGGUGUGAGUGACCACUACCCUGUGGAGGUGGAGCUGAAGACCAACAAGAAACAGAAAGCACCAAGACAAAGGAAGACAGCUGUUCCCGCAAGGACAACAUCCACCAAAGGAAAAACUCAGAAGAAAGGACCACAGAAGAAGAACACUGAGCCAGCAGCACCACAGAAGAAGGAGAAGACAACAAAAGGGAACAGAGGACAGUCAUCAGACGCACCAACAAAGAGAAGACGUUUGAACAAAUGAAGAACAGACUUUAAAGGAUGUUGCAUCAAUCAGUAAUUUUAAAGAUGUCUUACUGUUUCAACAUUAUAAUGUGGAGGGUGUUGCAGCUUUGAUACUAGAAAGUACAAAAAACCUCAGAAAUAAAUCUACUGUGACACUUUGAUAAAAUAAAAAAGGUUUAAAGAUAUCUGCUUUAAAAGCAACCUAUAGUCAGAGAAUACAAAAUGACAAAGAAUCUGUACAUUCUUUGUCAGAAGUGUAUUAUAUUAUUUUUUCUAGACAUUUGUAUUCAUGAUGAGCUUUUUGUCCAAUUGGCAAAAUGACAUUUCUUAAUGUUUAAACAUGCAUAUUCUGUAAAUUAAUGUAAAAUGGAGACAUCCAGGUCGGCCCUGAUAGAAAUGGUCACCCUUCCAAAAUUCUCCUGAUCUGUAUGUUGAUUUAGCAGUUGAAUGCGUUAUGAACCUGCUCGUCUCCAGAGAUUAGUUCUCCAGCUCCCGGAGUUUAAAGGAGGUUUAGAUCCUCCAAAUUUUCACCAUUACCGCUGAACCUGUAACAUCGCUAGACUCGUCUGUUGUAACACUUUUUUAUUGAACAUUCAUUCAGUGGUUGUUUGUGCUAUUCAUCUCAAACUUUGAUAAAAAGCUACCCAUAUUCUUAUUUAAAA